CACACACACACACACACACACACACACACACACACACACACACACACACACACACACACACACACACACACACACACACACACACACACACACACAACCUACAAUCUACUGUGUGUACACACACACAUAACCCUGACUCCCCUCAACACACACACAACACAACGAGGAGUACCAUUCUGUUCUCAGUGAGACCACCAAGUCUCUUCUUUUCAGAUCAGACAUAGAGAUCAGAACAUAUCUCCUUCGGGACCUCUUUGAUUCUAUUUGGAACACUUGGACCAGAUUCUUCUUCAGACUGGACUUGACAUCCAGACGCAGUCUAGAGUUUGGGACUACAGAUAGAGUGGACAUACAUACUUCUGUCCUCUUGGAUUCUAUUGGAAUCGCAGACUCCCUCUUUAGGAGAAAGAGUAUUUAUUGGAUUCUGCUCUAACCCACUAGACUAGACCUGGGACUAAUCUUCCAAGAAGACUUACUCCCUUUGUGUUUCUGGAUUCUGUUGGAGAAGAUAUACUUCUUGGACUGUCUCUAACCAUAUUAUCUGGCUCUGAAUGCUGAAGCUAGUCGCUGACUCCCGGAAGGGAGGAGGUGGAGGAGGGAUUGGAGGGUGUGAGAUGCUCCCCUCACGCCCAAGUCUGUCUGUCUCCCUGCGGGUGAUUAUAUACGGGACGUGUGCCUUGGCACUGGUCAACACGGUGGCUCUCCUGGUGCUCCUAGUACAACAGAACCAGCUGUGGAGCCGUGUGGAGCUCACCGAGGCCAGGCUGGAGGAGGUGGAACAGAGCUCCGUGGUGGAGUUCCUCCAGGAGGUGCCCCGAGGAGGUGUAGCAGCAGGAGGCGCAGGGAGGCUGGCGGAGCUAAGAGGAGGCCCAGGGUGGCUGGCAGGGCUGCGUGGAGGAGGUGCAGGAGGAGGUGAAAGGGGUCUGGGGAAGGAGCAGAGGGAGCAGGGGGAGUACCAGUACUCCCGUAACAAGAGGAGUCAUGAGCUGGAGAGGGAGCUACGACAGGAGUUAAAGGAGGAGCUGAGGCUAGAGCUGAGGGAGCUGAACCAUCAGGAGAGCCAGGAACUCCUGCAGGAGGUGACCCAGGGGCUACAUCAGGGGCAGGAGGUGACCCAGGGGCUACAUCAGGGGCAGGAGGUGACCCAGGGGCUACAUCAGGGGCAGGAGGUGACUCAGGGGCUACAUCAGGGGCAGGAGGUGACCCAGGGGCUACAUCAGGGGCAGGAAACAGGGCGAGGUGGGCUGGACACAGGAGAGGAGGUACACCCUGAGUUGAGAGAGGAGUUACACCACAGGUUGAGGGAAAAGAUGGACAAGGAGAUGGACAAGGAGAUGGGGAAGGAGAUGGGGAAGGAGAUGGACAAGGAGAUGGGGAAGGAGAUGGGAAAGAAGAUGAGACAUGAGCUGAACCACAAACACAGGAAGACAAAGGGCUUCCAGAAGACUGAGAUUAAGGACGACAUGAUGAUGAUGAUGACCUAUUCCAUGGUGCCGGUCAAAGUGUUGUUGGAUAUCUGUAACAGCACCAAGGGAGUCUGCAUAGCUGGACCACCCGGCCCUCCUGGACCCCCUGGGCUACCUGGCCUGCAUGGUCUGCCGGGGCACAAUGGCACUGAUGGCAUCCCAGGACUAGAUGGACUGCCUGGGGCUGAUGGAAAACGAGGGAAGAGAGGUGAGAAAGGUGAGCCAGGGGAGAAAGGAGACAGAGGAGAGCCUGGACCCGCAGGAGAAAAUACACAAUCGUCCAACGAUGUCAUCUUGGAGGGCCCCCCAGGUCCGGCUGGUCCUCCUGGUACUCCAGGCCCCAUUGGCCCUCCUGGACCUCCUGGCCCACAAGGACCCCAGAGGCCCCCCAGAAACAGGAGUCACCAGGCCAAUUUUCCCAUCCACGCUGCCCAGACCCUGGAUCCUUCACAUGCUGCACCAAACGAUGGGACUCUGUCUGCCAAAGAGGCUGGGAAGUUACAAGAGAUACCACUAAAUAAGAAAAAUGAGUGCAUCAUCAGGUCACUGAUCAACCCCCGUAACAUAUCUAAGAUGGAGACUACGUUCGGAACGUGGAUGAAAGACACGGCUGUGCUGAACGACAAACGCAUCUGGGUGGCCGAACAUUUCUCUGGUCGCACGGUGAAGGAAUAUAAGAGCAUCGCCUCAUUCCAGAAUGCCACCAGUGAGGUCAUCGACGGCAGGAAGUUCUACCAGGGGUGUGGCCAUGCCGUUCAUAAUGGAUCCUUCUACUAUCACAUCGCUGGAACCACCAACCUGGCCAGGUUCGACCUGCAGUCCAAGCGUCUCCACACCCUGGCCAUCGACAAUGCUCUGUACCACAACCUGUCCUACCUUCUCUACAACUCCAAGACCUACUUCAAGCUGGCGGCGGAUGAGAACGGCCUGUGGCUCAUCUUUGCCUCCAGUCUGGACGACAGCAUUAUGGUGGCCCAGCUGGACCUGAAGAGCUUCUCUGUCACAUCGUACAUCAACACCACCUACCCCAGGACCAAGGCCGGCAACGCCUUCGUGGCCUGUGGCGUACUCUACGUCACCGACACCAAGGACACCCGUGUGACCUUCGCCUUCGACCUCCUGAAGGGGAAACCGGUCAACGUGACCUUUGAACUGAGGUCCCCUGGCGGAGUGCUGGCUAUGCUGUCCUAUAGCCCCAAUAACAGACACCUGUAUGUGUGGGAUCAGAGCUACGUGAAGCUGUAUGUGGUGCACUUCAUCUCUGAUGACUGAGCCAGUGUUUUGACGGUAUUCUGAGGGUGUUUUGAUGGUAUUUUUUUUACAGUAUUCUGACAUUGUUUUGACAGUAUUCAGAUGGUAUUUUAAUGGUAUUCUGAUUAAAGAUGGCCAGCUUUUUAAAGUGCUCAAUUAAAGAUGAACAGCAAUCGUGAAUAUUAUGGCUAUUUUUUAUUUAUAAUAUGUACGUGUUGUCUUUAGUUUUAUGCCAUCUCAACAAGGACUCUUUUCUAAUGGCCUUUUGGGACUGCUGGCUGGGAUAAAAAAAAACUUUAUGUGAGUGCUGUUCAAAUAUUUGUUUCAAUUGGAUUACAGCUUCCAAAGAUGCACAUACUGUACCUUUCCAAUGUCGAGUUGAACUGAAUAAGGGCUUAUCAGAGUAGGAAGUAGAUCAUUAUAAUAGAAUUGUUAUAGUCUAUAUUGUAUUGUGGCGAUGGUUUAAACAGUAAAAUAUUUGCUGUACUGUUUUCCAUGUUUUUCCAUUUGAGAUUGUGGAAUUCUCUUUUUGUAAGGAUACUUAUUAACCAUUUGACUUGUUAUAUUGUUUUUAUGUCUCUCACUUGUAUAUUAUAUUUAUUUGGUAAAUGUAACUCUUCUUUAAGGUCUACUCUGGAAACAUGGCUUUUUGUGGAUUAAUACAAUUUAUAGCUGUAAAGUCCUUACUAGACUUUCCCUGUGACUGCAUGACAAAAUAUGUAUCAGAAAUGUGUUUCCAUAUUUACUUGGAUCCUACCAUGACCAGCAUCCCUUAGAGAGCAAAAUGUUUUAAAAAUACCUAUAUUGGAAAUCUGUACAUAUGUUUAUUCCCGACAAUGAUAUUUGCUGCUGCAUGGUCUCUACUGAUUAUCAUGUCUAGAGAGAGAAAAUACAGAAACAAACAUAAAAUCAACCUGAUGAAAUAAAAAUAAUUUAUUCAACUUACAAAGGUAGAACUUUGACCACGGUAGGACAGCCUGCUCUAUAUUCCUGUCUCUCUCUGGACUCUCUCUAGUUAUCUAGUCAUAGCCUCCCCAUACUGAGCUUUAGAUAGAUGUAUACUGUAGAUACCUGAACAACACUUUACUUAAAGCACCUUUUUAUGAAGUGUUAAUAUAUUAAAUAGACAUGAAUAUCCCCUUAUAGAUGUUAUAGAGCAUUAUGAAGUGUUAAUAUAUUAAAUAGACAUGAAUAUCCCCUUAUAGAUGUUAUAGAGCAUUAUGAAGUGUUAAUAUCUUAUAUAGACAUGAAUAUCCCCUUAUAGAUGUUAUAGAGCAUUAUGAAGUGUUAAUAUCUUAUAUAGACAUGAAUAUCCUUA